CUCCGUGUUGCUCGCUCCGUCUGUUGGCUGUUUACGAAUUGUCGUCUGGUGCACGAGAAAGCAUGCGGCAGAAACUGAGCGGGCUUUUUAUUAUCGAUGUGUUGUCAUUAUCAUAGAUUCCUUUGACAAAACCGACUACCGACUACAGUAGUCUAUCUACCGACAGAGGAAAUAUUAACCCCGUUUUUUUUUCAUCUUAGAAAGAAAGAAAGAAAAAAAGAAAAGAAACCACAAACUGUGAAAAAUAGACCUUAAGAGACCAGAGAAAAUAAAAUAGCAGAAUCAAGUAUAGAAGCGAACAGUCGGUUGACAACUUGGAUUCGAAGCGGCUAUAGGUGCCAUGAAACAUGAGUAACCACGGCAACGGAGUUGGGGUGAUUCAGACCCUGUGGAACUUCAAUGGGUCACUGGUCAACCAGUCUGCUGACCUGUUCUCCAACACCUCAUGCAAUGUGUCCACAAACGAUUCCGCAUCCUGCCCUCUCUCUGACAAUGAAGUUGAUUCAGGAAGUCCAAAAAAAGCCCUGGAGAUGUUUUUCAUCGCCUUGGUUACAGGAUCUCUGAGCUUUGUGACUGUUACAGGAAAUAUUUUAGUCAUGCUGUCUAUCAAAGUAAAUAGACACCUGCAGACUGUGAAUAAUUAUUUUUUAUUUUCUUUAGCAUGUGCUGACCUGAUUAUUGGUGUUUUCAGCAUGAAUUUGUACACAGUCUACAUAAUUGUUGGUUACUGGCCACUUGGGCCGGUGGUCUGUGACUUGUGGCUAGCUUUAGAUUAUGUUGUCUCCAAUGCCUCUGUGAUGAAUUUAUUGAUCAUCAGCUUUGAUCGCUACUUCUGUGUGACAAAACCCCUCACAUAUCCGAUCAGAAGGACAACUAAGAUGGCAGGAUUAAUGAUUGCAGCAGCAUGGAUCCUGUCAUUCAUCUUGUGGGCUCCUGCCAUCCUGUUCUGGCAGUUCAUCGUUGGUCAGCGAACAGUGCCACCCGGAGAGUGUUAUAUUCAGUUCCUUUCUAACCCUGCUGUGACUUUUGGGACUGCUAUUGCAGCAUUCUAUCUCCCUGUCAUCAUCAUGACAGUCCUGUACAUCCACAUCUCCCUUGCCUCCAGGAGCCGGGUCUCCAAACACAAACCCGAGAAGAAGGGAAUAAAAGCUCCUAGCUUAACAAAAAGUCACCUUUUGAAGCAGAACAAUAACAAUGAGAGCAGCCCUCAGGCCAGUCCCCGCUCUACCCCAAAACUUAGCCUGGACUCAACUACGGCACUGGAGGCUGUGAAGAAUGGCAGAGUGAAAGAACCUAAACCUGUUCAGCAACAAAUGGCACCCCAGCCCAGUCCAGGACUCACACAGGAAGAAAAGGAGAGCUCUAAUGAUUCCUCCACAGCUUUUAUUCCCCCAACAAAACCAAAGGACAACACUAGCAUUGAGGUGAAGUCUGAGGCUGCAACAAAUCCCAGUCCAGUUACCUCAACGGCCACCAGCUCCGCCAUGCCGAAGACCAACCCCUGCUCAAGGUGGUCGAAGAUAAAGAUCGUAACAAAGCAGGCUGGAGAUGAGUGCAUAACAGCGAUAGAGAUUGUCCCGCCAGUAGAAGGGGCCGAGACACAUUCCAUCCCAAUCAGCCGCCCAAGGACUGUGGCGAGAAAGUUCGCAAGCAUUGCUAGAAGCCAAGUGAAGAGGAAAAGACAGAUGGCUGCCAGAGAAAAGAAAGUAACCAAGACUAUCUUUGCCAUCCUGCUGGCUUUCAUCAUUACAUGGACACCGUAUAACGUUAUGGUGUUGAUCUCUACUUUCUGUCAGUCCUGUGUCCCUGACACAGUGUGGGCAAUUGGCUACUGGCUGUGUUAUGUCAACUCUACUGUCAACCCAGCUUGUUAUGCACUGUGCAAUGCCACUUUCAAAAAGACUUUUAAGAACCUGCUCUUGUGCCAGUAUAAAAAUAUAGGCACAAGAUGAGAUGGAGGAGGGAGGGGGAAAUCACUUUUGGGUAAAGGGGUACAGAGCCAGAGUGAAAAAAUCUUGUUCAAAGGUGAGUGAAAUUAGGCUGAGGAGCUGGAGACGACAAAUGGAUUGCAGAACUUAGUAGAAGGGCGCCCUUUGAAGAGGCCACAUGCAGUGAGUGAACAACCGUCAUACAGCUAAAAAUACAUCAUUCUCCAAAUGAAUGUCGUGCGAUUCACACAUAUAGUUGAAUAUAGUAGUUAGCUCAAAGUUAAAUAUGGAUGUGAGCCUGACAUUCUUUUACCUUCUCAGCUUCUCAUAAGAUAUAACAAAACAGCAAGGAUUCACAGGGAAGUUCAGUAGAACAAGGGAUUGAUGCGGGAUAUCUGGGUGAAGGCAUAUCAUUAGGAUGGAUGGAUUCAUAGCAGACUAGUAUAUAAUGCAUACAUUCUCCUGCAUUCCGUUAAUUAAUAUUAGCUUUCAAAGCAUUGUUAAGUUGUGGAGAUUCUAAGUCAUCCACAUCGAGGAAUAUCUAAACCAAGGCAAAUGGAGUUGUUCACCCCUUUUCCAAGUGGAUUCUUCAGUUCUCAAUGAGUAAUGUGAUGUUUAGUUCUUGGGUGGUGCUCAUCUGAGGAUCAUACGACUAGAGUCAUGUGUGGUAUCUUCUUUCUUCGCCAGAUCAGUGGUUCUCUAACAACCCAUUACCAGCUUAAAACUCUGCAUAUACAAGGUGUAAUGAGGUUGAAGCGUUUAAAGGAGAGCUGUUAAGACUGUUUAAAGGUCAUUCCGAAGUUAAGGACUGAACUGGAUGAGUGGUGCAACGUCCUUCAAGAAAGGUCAAUCAAGUCUGUCUGUCGUUCUUUUAGUGUUGUUGCAGACAUGGUAUACACUGUGUAACACAAUUGCGCUCAACCAGCUGUCAAUCUGAAGUGCCUGAUAAGGUUUGGAUGAUUGGCUACUGGUUGUACUGUGACGACUAUUGACUUAAUUGAUCACAUACUGUAAUAUCGUGUAUAUAUAUGUGUGUGUGUGCGUGUGUGUAUGUGUGUGUGCGCGCGUGUGUGUGUGUGUAUAUUCAAAAGAUAUGCAUGAUCCUAAAUCUGGACCAUUCAAAGAAUUGGGAAGAGAGAAAAUGUAGUUGAAAGAUAAGUGAAUGAGAGAAGUGGAUAGCAGAGUUUAGUAGGUCCGAGGAAGAAGAGAGAGAGACAUCUGCAGGCAAUGAGAUGUGGAUCACAUAAAAUGGAAAACAACAAAACAGGAACAAGUGACAAUUGAAAUGAGGGAAUAAAAACGAAUGAAAACAAAAACCAUGGGAUCAAAGAAAAAGCUUCAAAAAUUGUAUUAACACAUGAUUGCCCUCAUUAGUUUUCACCAUGCAAAGCAAAGCAAAAUCUGUUUUGAGUGGCAUCAGCUGUGAUUGUAUUUUCCCUUCUCAAUCACUCAUUUGUUCGUGUAUCCAACCAUGCCAAGUGAAAUAUAAAAAAGAUAAACCUUUGCACCUAUGACAACUGUAGGUGAUUGUGGUUGCAGGUUGUCUGCCUAUACCAUUCUCCUGAUGCACACGCUCACUUAUUGAUAUUGAUUUGACGGUAAAAGCUGUUGUUUCUCUUGUAGUCCACCACAAACUCAUUGGUUUUGUUGAUAUUGAUCCUCAAGUGAUUGUCAUUGCACCAUGUGAUUAAGUCCUCUUCAGUCCUAUGUACUCACCAAGGAAAGUAUCUCUUAUGAAAUGUUUAGCUGGAACAUCAGUAUAUCUGAAAAAUCCUGUCCUUCAAAACCACAUUAUUAGUAUAAAAGCUAAUUUACUUCUUGCAGACUGCUCAUUUUGUGGAGUAACACAGUUGUAUAAUUAUUUAUUUAAGAGAAUUUCAGGUGACAAUUUAGUUUAUUUCUGCGCAAAAAGGAUUUGUACCAGGCCCAUUCUGCAUUUAUGCAUUUAUCCCAUCUGAGUCGGGAAAUGUCUACCAGUGAGGAAAAUUGUUACAUUUUUCCCAGUGUUUUCUUCCAGUAGAGACAAGGUCUUUAUGGAAUUUGCUUUAGGGUUCAUUAACCAAGUCUUUCCAAAGGUAUGUGAGCAAAGUUCCAUUUGACAAAACCUUAAGUUUUUAUGUCAAACAUAAGUUCCUUGCCGAAACCAGUAAAACAACCGAGAUUACUGGAUGGUGUGCCUCUGCUCAUUCGUUUUUUCUUUUGAAAUUUGCCUUUGACGACAAAACAGUCAAAGCUGUGCAAAGAUGGAUGUUGAAAAAGCUUGUCAAAAGUGAAGCCAAUGCAAGUAGUGCUCCCCCUGGUGACUCAGUGCAGUAUAAGCCCCAUCCCAUGUUUCCCAUUUCAAGGAUGGUUUAUGUCAUUUAAAAAUAAAUACAGUGUAUAAUCCAACAUUUCUUUGGUAGAGGUAGAGCUGAAUGUAGUAGUAAUCAAAUGAAAGCGCAACUGAGUCUGGCAUUAGUGUCAGUGGGUCAUUGAUAACCAGUGUUGGGCAUGUUACUUUUAAAAAGUAAUUAAUUAUAGUUACUAGUUACUUCUCCCAAAAAGUAAUUGAGUUAGUUACUGAAUUACUCCACUAUAAAAGUAACUAGUUACCAGGGAAAGUAACUAUUACGUUACUCUUUUACUCUUCUUUUUCCCCCAGCGAGAAGGUCCGGGUUCGAGUCCAGCUCGGGCCUUUCUGUGUGGAAUUUGCAUGUUCUCCCUGUGUUCGCGUGCGUUCUCUCCGGGUACUCCGGCUUCGUUGGGCUAAUUGGUGACUCU